AUGUACGCGUCAAGUGACACUACGGACCUAUUACAGAAACGUGUACCACUCGUUCCUCUAUUAUAUGAUUCUCAUUGGAUUACUUACUUUCAAGAUAUGAGUCCUUUUGAUAUAAAUAUAAAGCCACUGACUGCCAGGUCAACUCGAGGAACUCCAGAUAAUGUCACUAGUCCAUCAGCACGAGCUGUCAGUCAUACUAUUCUGAGAGCAAUAUCGACCUGUGAAGUUGUAAACUUGGAAAUUAGACUUCCUCUGACACCAAAGAGAAUCAAAGCUGUCGGUCCUCAGAAACGAAAGGCAACAGCUUUUAGAACAAAAGCUACAGAAAGGGCUAAUGCAGAUCAUUAA